AUGCGACAGACAUCUGUUGUGAAAAAAAUAACCUUCAGACUGGAACUAGACGAUUUAAAAAAGUAUUCACAUUUCUUGAAAAAUGGUAGCCCAAAUAGGAGGAUCCAUGGAGUGCCAAAUUUAAGAGUGUCGCGUUGUCAGGCUUGUCAUCCCGAAACACAUAGAAAAACGGGACAGUCCUGCCCAAAACUUGAUUCCGGAAGCUUUAAUAGUUCUACGAUUCCACGAAAGGGUAGCGAAUCAAGUACGACCAGUAAGGGAAGCGCACGCGGCAUCCAUGCCUGGACGAAGUCCCUAACAAGGCACUCGUCCAAAACACCCAGCCACAAACGUUCGACAUCGAACGCCUCUUCCACAUCCUGCGAACUCGGGGAGGAGGCCUCCCAGGUGCUCAUCGCGCCCGGGUCCUCCUCCCCUGUCACAUGUUCGCAGCCUACGCCCAUACCCAGAAAGCACUCUGACUCGUCCAAUCUUCCACCCAUCAAAGGCAGUGUGGCCACACCGGAGAAGCUCUCUGCCUUUGAUAAGAUCGACAAUAUAGAAUUCAUCGAUCAGGUCGCGCAAGACGUGGUAGAUCCGAAGAGCAAGGGCUAUCACACGAUCGAUACAGAUCUCGAACCGAGGGUCACUUCGAAGCUAGCCUCUUCGACCGACGAGGAUGUAUUCAAAACGCCUCCCAGCAAGCAGCAAAAGACUAAGCUCAGGCCUAAGACGAACGGUAAUAAGAAGAAAGGCAAAAGAGAUAAGGUAAAGCCGGCGGUGAGCGUCGAGUUCCUGCCGGAGAGCGGCGAGAACAUCGGCAGGGUGAAGCAGGGCUCGACGAGAUCGGGGUCGGAGAAGACGCCGCCCCGUGAGACCAUCACUACUAUCCGGACAGUUACGACAGACACGGAGACUACUAAGAUCGUGACCACCACAACGAGUUUAAAUAGAUAUACGUUUAUGAAAAUAAUGGAGGAUGAAGACGAAAGAAUUCUGAAGCCUGAAAAAAAGAUUAGGACCCAUAGCUGUAGUAGUAUACCUUAUGAUAAUAUCAUAGAGAAUUUAGCGCCAUUUAGGAAGAGGUUCCAGCUGUUCAACGAUAAGGAUGAGGAGGAGAAGGAAAAGGGAAAGGAAAUCGAGAAUAAAGAGAACUUAACCCGUUACGAGAUAAAACCCAUUGUGGAGUCGAUAUUGGACAGCAUCUUAGAAAUGGCCGUCGUAAUAAUCGAGAAGAAUCAACUGCACCUGGAAAGCAUGAAGGAGAAGUGCGUGGGUCCCGUUAACCUCGUACGUCGCACCUCCUCCGACUACAAAAGCCGCAUAAGAUGCAACACCGCCGACACCCUGAGCCCCCUUUACAUCCCGAAAAUCAUCCAGACGCCAUCGACCGACAACCUAAUCGACGCCAGGAACUUCGUAGAGGAAUACGAAGAGUACCACGACUCCUGCUCCGAAAUACACGAUUCGGAAUUGGCCAUCAACCAGGUCAUGAUGGAGCUGAGCGAUAACGUGGACAGGAUCAUCUCCGAGAAGCAGCGGAAGUCGGUGAAGCACGGCGGCGUGACCAGUUUGAUACCCAUCGAGACCGAUUCCAAUGCCGAGGAUGAUACGGAGGUUGUUCAGAACGACAAAAGACUGUUGGAGGUGGGGGCGAAAUAUAACAUCCCCAAGAACCUUUUCCAAAGCACUGAGAUGACUGAGAUUACCGAACAGACCAUAGAUGAGUUGCACAGGAACGAUGAGAAUGCGGAGAAUAACCCCGAUAUGGUGGAGCAGGCCGUCGUCGUUAAUUUGAGUCUGACGAAGGAGGGGAAAGAUGAAGACGAUGACGUAUACAGGCCGAUUGCUGUCAGUCCUGACGGCAGAUUUUUCAAAUAUGAGGAGGAGAUCGGUAGAGGUUCCUUUAAGACCGUUUAUCGCGGUCUGGAUACGCAGACGGGCGUUGCUGUAGCUUGGUGCGAACUGCAGGAAAAGAAAUUAAAUCGUGCCGAGCGGCAAAGGUUCAGGGAGGAAGCGGAGAUGUUGAAAAAACUACAACAUCCAAACAUCGUACGUUUCUACAACUACUGGGAGUCACCAGGCAUUAAGAAAAAGAACAUCGUAUUGGUGACCGAGCUGAUGUUAAGCGGUACUCUCAAAACGUAUCUGCGUAGAUUCAAGAAAAUAAAUCCCAAGGUGUUAAAAUCUUGGUGUAGGCAGAUAUUAAAGGGUCUAGCAUUUCUACAUUCGAGAUCUCCCCCUAUAAUCCACAGGGACUUGAAAUGCGACAACAUAUUCAUUACUGGCACUACAGGGUCCGUUAAAAUCGGCGAUUUGGGUUUGGCUACGUUGAAAAAUAGAAGUUUCGCUAAAUCCGUUAUUGGAACUCCAGAGUUUAUGGCACCGGAAAUGUACGAGGAGCAUUACGACGAAGGCGUCGAUGUCUACGCUUUCGGUAUGUGUAUGUUGGAGAUGGCUACCAGCGAGUAUCCUUAUUCCGAAUGCACUGGUCCUGCCCAGAUUUACAAAAAGGUUAUAUCGGGAGUGAAGCCUGCUAGUUUCGACAAGGUGCAGAACCCGGAAGUGAAAGACGUCAUAGAGAGCUGCAUAAGGCCGAGGAAGGAGGACAGGCCGAAAGUCAAGGACCUGCUAAGUCACGCGUUCUUCGAAGAGGACGUUGGUUUGAAAGUAGAGGUUGUUUCGCAGGAAAAUAAAAAGAUUGUUUUUCGUUUAAGGGUUAUUGACCCCAAAAAGAGAACCCACAAACACAAGGAGAACGAGGCUAUACAAUUUGAGUUCGAUAUGGAAACUGACAGAUACAACACAAUCGCAGAGGAAAUGGCCAAGUCGGGUAUCAUCUUUGAGGAUGACGCCAAGACAGUAGCCCAGCUGUUGAAGACCCAAAUAACUCAAAUCACUAAAGAGCGAGAGAAGAAAAGCAAGGAAGAGGAAGCACUGGCUCACCAGCUGCAGUACCAACAGUACCUGCAACAGCAGGUGGAGCAACAGAUCUCCCAACAACAGCAGCAACAAGCCCAAUCUGCAGCUGUUAAUCAACAACCGCAACAGCAACAGCCCCAACAACCGCAAAGCCAGCAACAAAAUGUAGGUUAUCAGCAGUCUCAGCAGCAAGGGACCCCACAACAAGUUGCCGGCUACCAACAGCCCCAACCGACCCAGCAGCAGCAACAACAGUAUUCUCAACAACAACAACAGUACACAGGGCAGCAACAGCAGAACUAUCCGCAACAGAACCAGCAACAAGUCUUGCAGUCCAACGAGCAACAGGUCCAGUACCAACAACAACAACAACAGAACAUCAUCCAAGAGAAGCAACAGCAGUAUCAACAACAGCAACAAUCCAUGGUCGAACAACAUACCGAAGGACAACCACCUAUGCAAACUCAGUACGUUCAGCAGCAACAGCAACCUCAAGCCCAACAACAAACAGACAGCACGAUGAUGCAACAACACCAGUACGCCCAACAACAGCCCAUGAUGCAGCAACCGGAAGUUCAACAACAGCCCCAAUACCAGUCCCAGCAGCAGCAGCAACAACAGCAGCAGAUGCCACAAGAUCAGCACCAGAGCCCACCAGUAUUACAGAGACAGACUUCGAUGGAGCCAGCUCAACAACAACCGAUCAUACAUAAACAACCAGCACCAACACAGUUCGUCCAGCAGAAUUAUAUACAAGAAGGCCACCCACAACAAGCCGAGUAUCUACACGUGCAACAGGCCCAAGACAGCCAACACAAGAUAUCUAGCGUUUCGCAACCGGAUAUGCUCCAUUCUGCUCCGUUACAACAAGAACACAGACUUAGUGUUGACAGUCAGUUGGAUAUGGUACAGAAAGGGUUAGUUGACCAACAACAGACGAUGGGUAACUAUCAACAGCAACAAAGUUACCAACAGCAGCCACAACAGCAAACUUACGCCCAGCAACCGAACUAUCAGCAGCAGGCCGCUUAUCAGCAACCUCCACCCGCGCAAAGUUAUCAACAACCCCCGCAACAACAGCAGCAGCAGCCAGGUUAUCAAGGUCAAAUGACGACGUCUCAGCCGGGUUAUCAGACGCAGCAAAGCUACCAAGAUAGCCCACAAGGUUACCAACAGCAAACAUAUCAGCAACAGCAGAGCUACCCACAAAGCCAGCAGCAGCAGCAGCAGCAACAACAGGAGCAGCAGCAGGUGUUGCACAGGAUAUCCAGCGUUCCGACAAUAUCACAAGACAUGCAGUUCGCCCAGCAGCAGCCACAGCAAAGUUACCAACAGCCCCAACAACAGCAACAGCAAGCCUUCCAACAGCAACAGAGCUAUCAACAACCCUCUCAACAGCAACAACAGUCCGGUUACACUCAGCAACAAACAUAUCAGCAGAUGCCACAGACUUAUCAGCAACCAAACCAGCAGAGUUAUCCGCAACAGCAACAGCCGCAGCAGCAGCAACAGACUUACCAGGGGCAGCCGCCGCAACAGUAUAUUCAACCUCAGCCUAAGGAACAAGAUCAGCAGGUGUACCAACAGUACGCAGAGCAGCAACAGACGCAGCAGUUCAUUCAGCAGCCGACGGUGGAUCACCAGCAGGUGUACCAACAGCAGCAAUACGUACAGCAGGCCAAUCAAGCUUACGCGGAGAAAAGUCCUCAGCAGGUUAUGCCUCAACCGCCGCAGCAGCAGCAGACACAACAGGUUAUCCAACAGCCGCCGGCCCAACCGCUUCCUCCCGAAAUAGUACCACAGGAACAGCAAUCAGCGUCAGCGUCAGUCGGGCAUCGUCUGUCCACCACCGAAGUUCCGCCGAUGAAUUUGGCCGAGUUGCAACACAAAUUGGCUCAGCAACACCUGCAGCAGGUCAAGGAGCAGCAGCAUAGGGUGUCCACCGCUUCCUUGCCUCCCAUGCCCACUUUCGAUCCCCAACUGCCCGAUCACAGGCGGCUGUCGACUAUAUCGCAGCCCGCCUCCGUUCAGGAUUACCCCCAGGUUCAGGGCCAGGGUGUGUUUCAGCAGAUCGGGGAAAGCCAGAGUCAGGAGUAUUUGACCCAAGUACAACAGCAGCAGGUAUUUAUUCCACCCCAGCAGGAGCCUCAGCCUCUAACGGCAGAAAACCUCAAUUUGCUGCCGGCCAACCAGGUGCCUCUGGAGUCGCUGAUAUCCGUGGAGAGCGUCAGUUCGACCCAGUCCCCGGGACAGGACUUCAAGAGUCUGCCCGGCCAAGGCGACGACAUGGACCUGUCCACGUCGGAACAAAGAGAUGAGAGUAGCGGCCAGACGCUGAUAAAACCCGCUUAUGUCGACCAACCUACGCCUCAGGAAGACUUCCAAGGCAUAAAAACCACUUUAUCGGAGAAUAUCUAUCACAACUUACGAUGUAGGGAGAGCUUGAACUCAAGUGGUACAGUAUCGCGCAAAACCAGCACUGCAUCGGAAUAUACUCCGGAAAACACUUACAUAUUGAACAGUAGGCCUCCCGGAUUGGCGGACCAAACUAACGUCAGUUACGCUACCGAGAGUUGCGUAACGGCUCCUGUAGAGCAACCGUCUUUUUCUCAAACGACUAGUAAAGAUCUGAGGGAGUUGGGCAUUGAGGUUAUAGAGGAUGCUGUUCCUCCUAAAGAACAUGUGCCUGAAUCUGUAGACCAUACAGAUGCUCUCAAAACCGAACUGAAUAACAGUUUGAUGCAGAAAGACGUUGGCAAACUGAUGCCCGGUCAGAAAGUUAACCUGAAGGUGUUUGUGUUAGGCGUCGAUCAGCCUGAAUCUGGUCAGGAAAUUGUAAAAGACAAACCUGUUACUAGUUUACCUCCAAAACCGCAGGGGCCCAUAGAAAGGAUUAUAGAUAUAAAACUUGAAGAUGGGGUUGCAGAGAAGUUUGGAGGGGAGAGAGUGCAAGCCAAGGAUGAAAAUCCUACACAAGGCGAUCCCGGCUUGAAGGUACCCCAGAGGAAAAUUUCUAGGUUCUUAGUUAGUCCAGUACUAUCGGGACAGUUAGAUUUACCAAAAGACAAAGAUUUCGGUUCUAUUGAUGUAGGUCAGCCGCCGCCACCAGAAGUAGCGCCGGUGGAAAAAACUGAGCCUCUAGUUCAAAAUAUUCAGCCACCUGUAGAAGUUAAGCCUGUGUUGCCAAGUAGUGUCACCGCAGAAGCUGUUAGAAAAAUUUCUGCGCCUUUAGAAUCAACUAGAAUUGGACUGGAGACGGAAAAACCCCUAGAACAGAAAAUUAGUGUCUGUUCUUUGAAAGAAGAAUUGACGACAAAAGAAGAAACCGGGGCUGUGUGUGGCCCAGAACUUAUAAAUACUCUAGAGAUGCUGAAAAUUAGUUUGGAUAAUUUAAAACACAUCAGUCAUCCUAAGAAAGAAUCUGCGGAGGUGGAAGCUAAAAAGGUUUCAUCUAACAUUGAUGUCAGCUCUAAAACGACCGUGAAUUUCCCACCCCAACCCCAACAACAGACUCAGAGCCAUUCCCAACCAGCCACUGCUCAGUUCAUACCACCCAUAAGCUCCGCCAUGCCUCCACCGACUUCUCAAUCUAUUUCUCAACCACCUGUCAUACUACAACCCCAACAAGCCAUGCCACAACAUCAACAAAAUGUUCCUCCAUCACAACCAACUUUACCUGCAGCUCCACAGGCUUUGCCUCAACCUCAACAACCUAUGCCACAACCUGUGCCCCAGCAUCAACCACCUUUACCUCAACAACCGCCACAACCAAUACCGCAACCACAACAACCAUUGUCACAACCACCACAGUCGGUACCACAAGCCCAAAUGCAGCAAAAUAUCCCUCUUUCGCAGCCAGCACAGCAACCCUUGCCUCAACCACAUCAUCCUAUACCACAACCUCACCCAGUGGUGCCACAACCUCAGCAACCCCUACCGCAACAUCAGCAGUCGUUGCCGCAACCCCAACAGCCGUUGCAGAUGCCACAGCCCGUACCGCAGAUACAGCCGAUUUCACAACCACAACCGGCAGUGACCGUGCCCACGUCUGCCCCUCAUCAAAGUUUUGUCCCUAUAUCUAUCCCUCAGCAGUACGUUUCCGCUCCGCCUCCGCAACAGAUGAACAUACAGCAGCAGAUUAAUACUUCAAUGGCGCAGCCGCAAGUUCUAGCCAGUGCUCCUACUCAGUUGAGUACCACGGCGCCGAGUCAAGCUAUGCAGGCACCGCUGCAGCAACCUGCAUUACCGACGCACGAUAUGCCGAUACAGAUUCCUCCGAUGUCCCAGCAAGCCCCACAUAUCAUACCGCACACCUCUCUACCGCAACCAGUCGGCCAAAUACCCAUGCCUACGAUACCUACGAAUUUACCUCCGCAACAACCGCCCAUCACCCAGCCUACCGGCGUGGUUCCACCCCAAUACCAACAACCUAUCAACGUACCUCCGCCGCAGCAGCAGAUCUUAGGACCUACGAGUCAGCAGUCCGUCGUCACCUCACCCCAGCAGAUGAUGCUGAAUAUGAGCCAGCCGGUGGACAUGCAGAGUGUUAUGUACCAGCAACACGUGUUUCCCCCUCAGGCUAUUUCUAGUUCCGUGUCUGUGCAGAACUUGUCCGCCGCCCAACCACCCGUUAGUUUCCAGCACUCCGUGUCCGUGGACGAGACCUUGCAGAAUUACGCCGUUAAGAAGAUACCAGAGAAUCUCAAGCAAAUUAUAGAGAGCGCCUCCACUAGAGGGAGCCAGGCUUCGACACCCCAGAGCGAUCUGAAGUACGACGCCCACCUUCAGAGUUUGCAGCACAAAUUGUCCUCGUUUCCUUUGUCCAGGACUCCGCAAAGUGCUACACUGCAGGUAGAUUCUGGUAGCGGUCCGGGCAGCGGCACUACUACCUCGGAGAUAUUGUCUCCUGUCAUGGAAGCGGAGCCCCCCAUAUUCACGACGAGCUCAGAGAAGCAGUUCACCGAACUCAACAACAAGCUUAAGUUGAUUCAUACUAGGAACGAUGCUGUCGAGAAGAAAGACGUCGGCGGUACGGAACAGCUGAUGGAAGCGAGGAGCGAUGUGAGCGGAAUGCAGGAGGUCCUUAGCGUGCCAAGCGUUGCGAGCGUUUCCGCUUCAACUUCUAGUAAUCAGGUGCUUUCCAGCACACCAGAUGGCGGCCAAUCUACCAAGGAGAGGCGCAUAUCCCGGUUUAAGGUUAGCGUGGUUACGGAGCCCGAUAGAAGUAAACUGGCGAUACCGGAAAGCCACGCGCGGUCUGGUAAUAUGUCGGUACCCGAAAACGAAACGAGAAGAGAAGCAGACUUUACUACGGUUAUAAACACAACCUUUGAUUCCUUAAAAACUACCUUGGUUAAAUCUUUGCCUACGGGAGCUGAAGAAGUACCGUCAGAAGAGGUUGCAAAAGUUAAACCGCAUGAAGUUGGUAACAACCGCAACUAUAAGCACGUUGGCACCACUGCUAAAACGCAUCAAAGUCACUCGAAUAACAUCCCGUCGACAUCUAACUCCAGUAACCACCAUAAAAACAAGUUUCAGUCACACGUAACACACAGAAACUCGUCCCAUCCCAUUGAUAUUCUACCGUUGAAAAAGUCCAUGUCUUACGUCGACUUAAAAAAGGAAAUCGAGAGCCUUCUGCCUAUAAAUAAUAAAACAAGCGAGAAUAAUAUAAUCGAUGCAGACAAUCCGCGCCGUCCAAGUAUCGGUCGUAAAAAGUCCAGAACCUUCCGUCAGUUCCCUAAAAUAGUCAUACACCCUCCCGAAAAUCAGUUAAACGUUACUAAUAGUAUGCCGAACAUUCAUUCGUCAUUCUUGAAAGAUCUGCAUGUUUCUCGGGUUUUUAAUAAUGUUUCUAACCUGAACGCAUCCUGCCCUGAUCUGACUAACGAAAACUUAUUCUCAACUAACUUCGACACUGUCAGUGAGGACAGUUUAGAGAACGAUGAUGUAUUUGAAUAUUACGAUGACUAUCCCGAAAAUGUAUCAGUUUGUAGUGAUACCUUCGUACCUGAUUUCAAAUACCAUCAAGAGAGAUUCCUGCACGAACCGCGGUCCCGUAAAGUUAAUUCGUAUUCCGUGAUCGAGAGUCAAAAUUUGUAUUUAAGGGACAUAAACACUUUAUCUUCGACUAAACAGAAGUACGCAGGCAAUAUGAUGCGUCGUAAGAAGAAAGACGAGAUGCCCAGCGACGUGCUGAGGCGCAACUUGAAGAUGAAACACUCGAACUCGAUGCAAAAUCUCUUCAAAGACUUGCCCAGGAGAAGGGCGAACGAACAGCCGUUCGAUAGCUACUACACGGUACACGGUGAAAAUAACCUCUCCCAUCACGGUCCGAUGCAUAGCAAUUCUAAUUAUUCGAUAUACGAUUAUCCUCCACCGAGCCCCAAUAGUUUUAACGCGUUCUACCACAGGCCUUACCUGUACGGCAAUUUCGGUUCUAUGGACCAUCUCGGUAAUUUUCACGGAUACGGUUCGGAGUAUCCCUGGUACGCAAGGAGUUACGGUUCUCUGCCUUGCAAUAACCUCUCCGAGUACCACACAUGUAACACACCACACCAGACUGAAAUUGUAUACAAGUGUUGUUGCGGAGGCGUGAACUGUAAGACAGUGGUGCCAAUACACGAGUAUUUGGAAACUUAUUUCAACAGGACGGAGGAAACGUUCGAGGAGAUGUUGAACAGGCAAAAAGCGGAGCUGAAUGCGUUAAUGGAAGCCCAUAGGAAGCAGCAAUUAGAAUAUAUGGAGUUUCACCGAAAACAAACAGAAGAAAAUAAAAAACAUUAAUUUUAAGAAGAGGAUUGAUGGAUUUUAAAAGUGAGAACGAAAGGCUGUAUAUUAAUUAUUAUUGUUUAUAUUGUAUAUUAAUUAUAAAAACCUAGUUAUUACUUAUAAUAUAAUUGCUGAUAAUUUAUUUUUAAUAUCCUGUUAUUUCUAGUUCUUGUUUUAUUUAUUUUAGAAAACGAUCAGUAAAGUCUUAUAUAGGUGUU